GCAUCCGAGACUUUGACUCUACCUCCAUCAUCGCCCCGCCCUUGAAUGCCCCACACCCCGAGAGACAACGCAUUCCGCAGAUUCUUUUCGUCUGACAACUUCGGGCGGGCGCCGCCGCUGGUGACCGACUCACCUAGUCCUGAUCGAAGAGGCACUCCGGACGAGCCGGUCGACGCAGCCUCGUCUCCCGCAGCGCUUUUCCUCUCUGCGUUCUCGCCCUCCUCGUCCUCGUCCGGCAGGGGUUCCCAGGAGCAGAGCGACGUCGAGCCGGAGGGCGAAGGGUCUGUGGUCGGACAGUUUACCCUCGGCCCGAUCAUCGCACAUGGCGGCUUUUCGACCAUUCGGCGCGCGACGUCCCUCUCGAACGGCUCGACCGUCGCGGUGAAGAUCGUACCAAAGGAGGUGCAGAAGGAGUCGUCGACACGGAAGCGCAUCGCGCACGAGGAGACGAUCUGGACGAUGCUGUCACACGAGCAUAUACUCCCGCUCUUCGCUUGCGUGCAUACCCCGACGGCGGACUGCUUCGUCACGCAGCUGUGCCCCGGUGGCUCGCUGUUCGACGUGCUUCGUGCCGGGGUUCCGCCGGUGGAAGAGACGGGGCGCAUGUUCAGGCAGGUCGUCCGUGGCCUACGCUACCUGCACAAUGAGGCAGGCAUCGUGCACCGGGAUGUCAAGCUAGAGAAUGUCUUAAUUGACGAGGCUGGAGUUUGUCGGAUCGCAGACUUUGGCAUGGCGGUGCAGCUGGACGACAGUGCUGUUGAGGAUGACGACUGGCCGGAGGGGCUGCCCGUCCCCAAAGGCGCCGGAGUUCAGCGAGCAGUUUCCUUGGCAGUUCCUCGACACGCUUCGCACCGUUUCUCCCGGCCAACAGCACCAUCGACUCCACCGACCGACUUCCAGCCGGGCUCGCUCCCUUACGCCGCUCCCGAAUUGCUCCGCUCUCCACCACUAACGACUUCGGUAUCCAUGUCGGGCAAGACGAAAGCCGAGGCGAUGGCAAAUGCCAACAAGUCUGCAUCUGCGUUCGUGCAGGGCAAGUCGGGCUCAACUGCAUCUCCAGGGGCUUCGACAGUGACUCCACCCGCUCCAGCCCAGGAUAUCUGGGCCCUCGGCGUCAUGUUGUUUGCUCUCCUUGUGGGCAGACUCCCAUUCGUGGAUUCGUUCGAGCCCAGGCUUGUUCUCAAGAUCCUGGAUGGCAAUUACACGCCCCCACCACACGCAAGCAAGCGCACACUGAGCGUGCUUCGAGGCUGCCUGUCGAUGCGGGUGACAGAUCGAUGGGGGAUAGAGCGGAUCGACGAAGCCGCUUGGGCUGUUGGAGGCGAAGAUUCAGCGAGCGCAUCUCACGAUGGCGAUCAUAGCCACAUGCCCAGGCACCACGCUCGGGCACCAUUCCCGGCGCCGCUGCCCACGCACGAGCUCGACAGGGGCCGGGCGCAAAGUGGUGCCGCUGCCCGGAGAGCUGAGCGGUCUGCCUCGCGGGCCCCGUACGACUCUUACAGUCGCAGCAGGAGCAUGACACGCAGCCGCACGACCCAGUCUGGAAGCCGCAGCCGGAGCCGCAGCCGCAGCCCCGGUCCUCCUCGCACUCCAGUGGAUCUCGCCAGCCCCAGCUUGGUACUCCCUGCGAUGGCUGGUUUGGGCAUCGGGUUCCCUGGCAAAGGACGGGGAAGGACCCUGACUGAAGAACGGGAGCCAGAGCCCGAGCCUGAGCCGGCGGAGGCCGAGGUGGUGACGUGUGCGACUUUCCUCUCGCCCGGAGACUUCGGGGCCAGCACCAGCACCAGCACCAGUAGAAGAGCUGGCAGCACACCGCCUGUUGCUUGGCGAGAUAGCCUAUCUGGCUCUGGGAGGACUCGAAGUCUCAGCGGAACCGGAGCGGUGUAAUCAAGGACAGACGGCUGAGUCUCGCCUGAAAAAGCAGCUGAACACUUGCUCUCUCUGCUUCACCCGUUAUGAUCCGGUAUGAUGAUCUAAUCCCCCCACCCCUGUAUGAUCACUGUUAUCUCUCAUCCUGUCUACUACUGCAACUGAUGGCCUUAUUAUGUCGUGUAUCGUGUGUAUACCUUGUACCUUUUGACGUUUCUAAUCAAUGUAUUUGACCACUCAGUCGCCGCAGUAGCUUCGGCGUUCUACGGCGACUGCCUUCCAGGCUACGACAGAGCGGGUCUGGAUCGCUUAUGAUAGCACCCUUGAAGCGGUCAUGUUACAUGCUAUUCUGAGAUCCCGUUCGCACAAAGGAGAACUCCCCAAAUGUCAAACACGACGACCGAUCUCCUUGCACAUCUCUCUCCGGUCACUGUUUACUCCUUCUCCGGGAUAUUUUAGUCUCAGCAGCCGGGGUGCUGAGAACCCGCGGACGGUUCGCAAUCAUACCGGUAUUGAGAAGCCAUCGUGUAUUUUGGGGUCGCUUCGGCGGUCUCGAAUCGUACAAAUGAUGCUGCCAUAGUGGGAGAGAAAGAGAGAGAAGCCUCAUGAUCAUCUUUGCAGUUGAGAUUGGCCGACUGGAGAGCUGGAUAUGAUGAUACACUCUUGGAAAUCGGGUUCAAAGUGUAACGGGCCGAAAUCCAGAGGGGCCCGAACGGACCUGAACUCAGCAGAGGAUGAGUGAACGACAUAGCACUAAUCCAGGAGGGUGAUAUCUGCUUUGUCAGAAAGCCGUGGGGCCUAUUAUUAUCGUAGAACCUGAGAUCGCCGUCAUACCUCAGUGGCUAUGGAGCGGCUUCGGCCGUCACAACGCGUGGGUAAACACCCACGCGUUGUCGCGGUCUCGCCAGAUGUCAUCAGAGAACUGGGAGGGCUUAUUGGGACACCCAAUGGAAAUAGAACUUUUUCAGUUGACUAGCGUGCUCGCUCAACGAAGAAGCUUCUGAGAGUGAGGAUUGCUGGAUUCGUGCUGUCGGCUCGUGCGACGGCCGGCGUCGUUCUAUCGGCGCAAACGUAAGAAGCUUCAGCAUGCGCUUGCGCGAAAACAUCUCAGACACACAAAGCACCUGGGGCUGGGGCGCGUUGUUGGAGAGUGUAUGCUGUGUAUGAACGACGGGGGAAGAUGUGCAGCGCGAUGCGGCGGCCGGGGAGAUUUUGAAGUCCACGUCAUAGGCGGAAAGGCAGCAGCAAUGGAGAGUCUCACCCACAGCUCUUCGCAGCAAGGUCGCUCCGGCGGUGUCGAAAGAUCAGGAACCCGGAUAAACGGGGUGGCUCGCAAACUGUGCGCCUAUAGCCGGGCUGUCUGUCGUGGCAUGCGAUGCUCCAGUAUCUAGACCAUCAGUGCGCUGGCCCCCUGCUGAAACCGUCGCGAGCAGCUAUUGUGGGGAUACCGGGUCAGGCUGGAUCGCCUGCAUGACGAAUAUGGAGAUAGAUCGAUGUCUGUUGGCAGCCUCCCAACAGUUGAAUCCCGAGGGCCGAUCAAUAUGAGUGGAAGGCGUUUCUGUCCACGAGUUCAGAUGGGCAUGACGGUCGCGUCCGCAUCGGACGUCGUGUGUGAUGCUGGUUCCCAACGCACAGACAUUCGUCGUCAACCCUUUUCCAGCAGUGCGAGAAAGAUGAAGCGCAGCGAUUCGGAGACUUGUCGGUCGCAUGCGUCUCGCGUUACGCGAUUGCCAUCCUCCAAUUCGGGCCCUAUUUUUGCGGGUGAGGUCCAGCAUGGACGAGGGAACGCUCGGCCCCUCCUGUGGGAGGCAUCUUCCUCAGAUCCGAUGAUUCGGGGUCCGUGUUCAGCAAGAAGAGGGCGGCUAGGUGAAAGCUCGGAGGAAUUGUUGAUUCAUUUGUGACACUGAUUGCGCGUCAUCAGUCACGCUGUCACCCCGGCUUUUUCUGGAGCAAUCGCCAUGGAUAAAGGCCGUCCCACCGUCGUUGUUCUUUCCCUUCAUCCUCGCCUGGUCCUGCACCCACUGCGCUCGCGUCUGCCCUGCCUGUUUUUCGGUCUAUGCCUUUUGUUGUCCCCGCUUCGAGCCCCAGCCCACUUGAAUCCCCGCCGGCAGAGUUCAACCCCUUCAAUGACAAUGGCGGGACAAUUCUCGCUGUCGCAGGCUCCAACUUCAGUGUCAUUGUCGGCGAUGUGAAGCGGGGGGAUGGCCUUGGUCGGCAUUCGCCCAAAGUUUUUCGUCUCACGGACAGAGCCGUCCUCGCCACCACCGGUUUCUCUGCGGACGGAAACACAUUCGUCAAGAAGGUCAUGCAGCGACUCGAGUGGUACCGACACGCGCACGCCCGGGACAUGACGCUAAGCGCCGUCGCGCAGCUGAUUCAAGGGAUGUUGUUUCAACGCCGGUUUAUCCCGUUCUACGUGUACAAUAUUCUGGGCGGCAUCGAAGAGGAUGGCACGGGUGCCGUUUACUCUUUCGACCCACAAGGCUCGUUCAAGCGGACAGCGUGUCUCGCUGCAGGUGCCGCGUCCCUCCUGGUCCAGCCUUAUAUAGAUCAUCAGAUCUUCUACAAGAGCCAAGCUGCAACACCGGCUGCUCUGUCGCAGACGGAUCUGGCUCUCCCGCGGGUGCUGUCCCUCGUGGUCGAGGCGUUUACGGCAGCUGACGCUCGUCAUGCUGAUAUUGGCGAUGCUCUAGAGGUCUUUGUGGUCCUGGCACGCGGCAGCUCUUUGCAGGGUCUCGAGACCGUGCACGGUGUCACAGAGCUCACCCGAAUCCCCGGGGGCGAGCGUAUCUUCGUUCUGAAGCGCAUUUUGAAACAUACAUGAGCAACUCCCAUCCAGGCAUUUUGUCAUUGUACGUUAUUUGUUGCACGUCAUCACUACUACAACUCUCCGGACACUCGACACAUUAUUGUAUGUAUAUUAUCCCCCUAGAGUAUUAUUGUCGGCUUUGGAUUUUUUUGCGAACAUUGUUGAAUGUAUCGAUUGUCCCGUGUUAUAUUCAGUGUCGCACGCGGAAAUAUUGUCGGAGGAAUCAGAUCAAAUAAGCGCCACGACACCAUCCAAAUUACCAAAGAAGGCAGGUCAUCAUCCCAAUAUCGACAAUUUCCCGAGCAGGGUCGUUCAAUCUGCGCAUCGAACACCUGUCACGUGACUUUCUGCUUCAAUGAGACCUCUUUAUUUCACGUCAUGGCCCGGAUUUCCAUGGAAGAUCUCGACGGAAUAUUCAUCGGUUGCGUGAUUCUGACGACAGACAAUCCCAAAGUUAAUUUCGGAUGAGAUCGCAAGAAGUUUCUGUUUGGCGACGAAUUUCGCGCCGAUAAUCUUCCUUCAAGUCGGGUGCGUCG